CGCUAUCAUCUCGAGUCAUCCAGUUGAAAGGUUUCAAUUGUUCAUUUUUCAUAUAAAAAGGGGACACAAUCUAUCUUUUUGUUUUCUCUCUCUUUACCUGUCAAACUUUAUUGAACAUGACUAUUACUGUUGCUCCUAUCACUGUUGGUGUUCUUGCCUUGCAAGGUGCUUUUAUUGAACAUAUUCAUAUGUUGAACAGAAUUCCCGAAGUGAAGGCUGCUAUCCCUGUUCGUACACAAGAAGAGUUAAACUCGGUCGAUUGCCUUAUUAUUCCUGGUGGUGAAUCUACAUCUAUGGCUCUUAUUGCUGAACGUUGUGGUAUGUUGGAACCUUUGCGUAAGUUUGUUCAGGUCAAGCCUACUUGGGGUACUUGUGCAGGUAUGAUUAUGCUGGCUAAGGAAGCCACAGGUGCUAAGAAGGGCGGUCAACAAUUAUUCAAUGGUUUGGAUGUCUGUGUUAACCGUAACCAAUUUGGAUCUCAAAAGGAAAGCUUCAGAACACUUUUACAUUUACCCGAUAUUGUGGGUGAAGAACCCUUUGAUGCGGUGUUUAUUCGUGCUCCAGUUAUUUCUGAAAUCAGAUCUGAUCGUGUCAAGAUUGUUGGUCGCUUAGAACAAAGUCAUGGUCAAACAGAAGCUGAAACGGCUGUUGCUGUCUUGCAAGAUCAUUUGUUUGCUACUGCCUUUCAUCCUGAAUUGACAAGUGAUAACCGCAUUCAUCAAUUCUUUGUCCGUAUGGCCAUUAAGCAUUUGGAAGAACAUUAGACUACUUUAUAUAGACAUAUACACGCAUACCCUUUUAUGUAAAAAAAAAAAAUAAAUAAAUAAAAAUAGAGAGAAUC